GCCCGUUGCUGGGGAGGUCCGGCUGCCCCGCUUCCGUCCCGCCGCCGUCUCCCUUCCCCGCGAGCCCGACGCCUUUCGUUCCGCCCGGGGCGCUUGAGGGCGGGAUGCUGCUGAGCCGCCGCGGGGUGGAGGAGCUCGGCAGGAAGGCGGCCAGGCGGCUCUUCCGGGCCGGAGGGGCGGCCAGGUAUAAAGUAAUGAAGAAUUGGGGAGUGAUUGGUGGGAUUGCAGCUGCUCUUGCUGCGAGCAUCUAUGUCUUAUGGGGCCCCAUCACAGAGAGAAAAAAACGCAGGAAAGGGCUAGUGCCAGGUCUUCUCAACCUGGGAAACACAUGCUUCAUGAACUCACUUCUCCAGGGGCUGUCUGCUUGUCCGUCCUUCAUCAAGUGGCUGGAAGGAUUCACAGUUCAGUACCAGGUCAGCCAGAGUGAGACGUCUGGGAAGUAUUUGUCCCUGACCUUGCUUCACCUCCUGAAAGCUUUAUCCUGCCAAGAGGUGACCGAAGAUGACUUCCUGGAUGCAAGCUGCUUGUUGGAGGUCCUGAGGAUGUACAGGUGGCAGAUCUCCUCUUUCGAAGAGCAGGAUGCUCACGAGCUGUUCCAUGUCCUCACCUCCUCGCUGGAAGAUGAAUGGGACCGCCAGCUGCGGGUCGUGCAUCUGUUUGAUGUGCAUUCUCUGGAGGUGAGCGCUCAAGAGACACAGGGGCUGCAAAGCAACCUUUCCUAUAGGCAAGGCUGCAGCAUUUGGGACUUUUCAUCUAGAGAAAAGAAGCCAGAAAUUCUACAAAAGCAAAUAUGCUCCAGGACAAGAGGGCCUCCUCCUCCUCCUGUGUUGAGUCACUGGAAGCUGCAGCAUCCUUUUCAUGGCAGGUUAACGAGCAACAUGGUCUGCAAGCAUUGCAAACACCAGAGUCCCCUCAGAUACGACACUUUUGACAGCCUUUCCCUGAGCAUCCCUGCCACCGUGUGGGGCCACCCACUGACCCUGGACCAGUGCCUCCACCACUUCAUCUCCACCGAGUCAGUCAAGGACGUCUUGUGUGACAAUUGCACAAAAAUUCAGGCCAAAGAAAGGACUGGGCAUAUCAUGGAGAACCAGAGAACAACAUUUGUCAAACAGCUAAAACUGGGGAAGCUACCUCAGUGUCUCUGUAUCCACCUACAAAGGCUGAGCUGGUCCAACCAUGGCAUGCCCCUGAAACGAAACGAGCAUGUGCAAUUUGGCGAGUUCCUCAUCAUGGAUGUCUACAAGCACCGCUUCCCUGCCCAGAAACCCAACCCUGCAGGCAGCCCACAGGCAUCAGCGGACCCAAAAGCCGAUGUGGAACAGGCGGGCAACAACAAAUCCUCUUUUAUGAAUGGUACCUGCUCUCCAUCCUUCCUUACAUCCCCAGUAGCUUUCCCGUACAUGACAGCACCUGACUGUAGUUCUCCAUCAUAUCUGUACCGCCUGAUGGCCGUUGUGGUCCACCAUGGGGACAUGCACUCAGGACACUUUGUCACGUAUCGCCGAUCUCCACCGACUUGCAAAAGCAUGCUAGCCACCAGCAACCAGUGGUUGUGGAUUUCAGAUGAUGUGGUGCACAAGACCACGUUGCAGGAAGUCCUUUCGUCCAGCGCCUAUUUACUUUUUUACGAACGUGUCCACUCUAGACGGCAGCGCCAAAGCCAGGAGCAUCGAGCUGAGGAGUGAAAUGAAUGCAGAUCCAGCUGGUGUGCUUUUCUGAGGACAAUGGCACACCCUCUGUCUUGCCAUGCAAACGUCUCCCCCUACCUAUAAACUCCUGGUCUGUGGUCUGUGUUUGCGUGGCAGGAACAAGCACUUGGUAUCAAAACAUUGUGCCCUCCCCUCACCCCCUGUGGCCAUGCACAGCAGUGUUAGAAAAGUGUGUUUUAAGUGUUAAUAAUCUUCUCAGCAGACUUAAAGACCUUCUAGCAUCCCACUUCCUGUGUUGUGAGGGCAUUUCUUUGCGCUAAUCAGUCAGAUGAGCAGUUGCAAAAAACUUGUCCUAGUGAAGAAGAGAACCUACAAGUGCCUUGAUCGUAUCUUGAAUCCAGACAGAACUGGCUGUGUCAAGCGGGGGGACGGGGGACUUACCACGUGGCUGCUUACCUAAAAUUCCCAAGGGGGAGCAGGCGGUGGUGUGAGAAUGCGUGACUUGGCUGUGUAGCUGGGAAUCUACUGCUGACUCUUCACGUGGCAGCCUCAAGUAUGCGUGUGCAAGAGAAAAGCAGAAAGUGUCCAGCUUCUUUCUGCCUUCAGUGAUGUUUUAAUGACAUUGUCAAAACGAUGAUGCAAUGAGCUGAUAAUUAUGUCACAUUUUCUCUUGAGAGUCCAGCUUGGCAAGGAAUGCAACAGCUUUUCCUGUUUCUGGGUGGUUCUAGCACCAUCCCAGGAAAAACCCUCCUCUGUGUCUUGAUUUGAAGUCUUCAAACUUUUGUACAGAAUAAACCUGUUUCUGCCAAAUGUA